AUGGCCAAUGAAAUUGUUUUUAAAUCUGGUUUCUUGGGUACGGUUACCACACAGAAUUAUGUAUAUCAACAAGUGGGUGUUGCAGCUCCCUUGACCAUUAAUGCCAUCAAAAUCAACGACAAAAAGAAGUUCAAAGGAGCCACAGCUGUGAUCGCCAGUGGUGGUGUUGGUUCAACUGAAGUCACCAUUACCUUUACAAGUCAGAGAGGUUCUGGCAUUAAGAGUUUGGUGGAGAUUUAUGGUUCAGCAGCAGCUUCAGCACCAGCUCCUGCUCCCGCACCAGCUCCUGCUCCCGCACCAGCUCCUGCUCCUGCUCCCGCACCAGCUCCUGCUCCAGCACCAGCUCCAGGAACAUAA